CUGAGGCGUCCAUGGACCCUCUGGCUCCGCCGUCUUCGUCAGUGACUUGGAGUGCUCCGAGAACUUUGUGAACUCUUAGUGUUGGAGUGGGGAGGGAGAGCGAGGCGAGCAGUUGAUGGGACGCAGUCCGGCAGCAGCACCAGGCUCCUCUGGAGACAGCACCGGGGCUCUCAGGUGGAUAUAAUCCCCCAGGUCAUGACAGCGCGGCGCCCCAGCUUCCUACACCUCCUCCCGGCCCUGCUGGGACUCCUCGUGGGGUUUGCGAACCUCGGCCGUGGCUCGGUGGCUGAGGACGAGGAUUACUACAUGCAAGAGCUGCUGACCCGGGAGCAGUAUAACCAUGUCCAAUUGUUUGACAGGAGCACGGCCUCGACACCUGACGGGCAUGAACACCCAAGAACAACCAACCCGGGAAAGAAAAUACCCAAAGAAAAACCAGAAAGCAGCAAGCAGACAGAUAAAAGCAAAACGGAAGGAAAAUCAGUGAAAGCGCCCAACAAAAAGACAGAGAAGAACAAGAAGAGCAUCGUGAAGAGCAGCAUCUCAGAGAGGGAUGGACAACACAGCUCCAUGCAAGAAGAUUGCCCUCCAAUGGGACUGGAGACACUGAAGAUUGAUGAUUUCCAGCUUCAUGCUUCCACGACAAAACGCUACGGCCUCGGCGCGCACAGAGGUCGCCUUAAUAUUCAGGCUGGCCUUUACGAAGACGACCUCUAUGACGGCGCCUGGUGUGCCGGGAGAGACGACCCGCUGCAGUGGUUUGAGGUGGACGCCAGAAGGCUGACGAAGUUCACGGGGGUCGUCACACAAGGCAGGAACUCCCUCUGGUCGAGCGACUGGGUGACCUCCUUCAAGGUCAUGUUUAGCAAUGACAGUCACACCUGGGUCACUCUGAAGAAUGGCUCAGAGGACAUGAUAUUCAGCGCCAACAGAGAGAAAGAGAUCCCGGUCCGAAACAUCUUCCCGGCGCCGGUGGUGGCUCGCUACAUCCGAGUCAACCCCCGCUCCUGGUUCGGCAGCGGCAGCAUCUGCAUGAGAGUGGAGAUCCUUGGCUGUCCCAUGCCAGAUCCCAACAACUACUACCACAGGCGCAACGAAGUCAUAACGACUGACGACUUGGAUUUCAGACAUCACGGCUACAAAGAAAUGAGGCAGCUCAUGAAGGUGGUGAAUGACAUGUGUCCCAACAUCACCCGCAUCUACAACAUAGGAAAGAGUCACAGUGGCCUGAAGCUGUACGCUAUAGAGAUCUCCGACAACCCAGGAGAGCACGAAGUCGGUGAACCCGAGUUUCGCUACACAGCCGGUUCCCAUGGCAACGAGGUGCUGGGUCGAGAGCUGCUCCUCCUGCUGAUGCAGUUCAUGUGUUUGGAGUAUUUAUCCGGCAACCAGCGGAUACGUCACCUGGUGGAAGAGACCAGAAUCCAUCUCCUGCCAUCUGUCAACCCCGAUGGAUAUGAGAAAGCCUUUGAAGUGGGUUCAGAGCUCAGCGGCUGGUCUCUGGGUCGAUGGAGCAACGACGGCAUCGACAUUCACCACAACUUCCCCGACCUCAACUCCAUCCUGUGGGAAGCAGAGGCCAAGAAGUGGCCUCCUCGGAAGAUGCUCAACCAUCAUGUGGCCAUCCCCGAGUGGUACCAGUCCAAAAACGCCUCUGUUGCCUUGGAGACUCGAGCCCUGAUCGCCUGGAUGGAGAAGAUGCCCUUUGUGCUGGGCGGGAACCUCCAGGGAGGGGAGCUGGUGGUGACCUUCCCGUACGACCGAACCCGCUCGCAGUGGGUGGCCAGGGAGCAGACCCCGACCCCGGACGACCACGUCUUCCGCUGGCUGGCCUUCUCCUACGCGUCCACCCACCGCCUGAUGACUGAUGCCAACCGACGGGUCUGCCACACGGAGGACUUCGCCAAGGAGGACGGCACCAUCAACGGAGCGUCGUGGCACACUGCAGCAGGCAGUAUGAAUGAUUUCAGCUACUUGCACACCAACUGCUUCGAGCUGUCGAUGUAUGUGGGUUGUGACAAAUUCCCUCAUGAGAGCGAACUGCCUGAGGAGUGGGAGAACAAUCGCGAGUCUCUUCUUGUCUUCAUGGAGCAGGUGCAUCGUGGGAUCAAAGGCGUCGUCAGAGAUCUGCAGGGUCGAGGAAUAGCGAAUGCCACCAUCUCUGUGGAGGGCAUCAGUCACGAUAUCCGUACAGCGGUUGACGGGGAUUACUGGCGCUUGCUGAACCCUGGGGAGUACAGAGUCACGGCCAGGGCCGAGGGCUACGGCCUGAGCAGCAAGAAGUGCGAGGUGGGCUACGAGAUGGGCGCCACGCGCUGCGACUUCACCAUCGGCCGCAGCAACUUGUCACGGAUCAAAGAAAUAAUGGAAAAGUUCAACAAGCAGCCCAUCAGACUGCCCGUCAGACAGCUCCAGGCCCGCAGGUCCAGGGAAAGACGUCUGGGAACAUAAUGACUGUAUGAAGAAGCCGCGGGAAGAAUUAAAAACAAACAUCUCCUCUGAUCACACUGGGGCGAACUCCAAGGCUGGGCUUGGAUCCGUGUCAGAGUGUUGUCUGUGUGAUUUUGGUGCUUGGAGACUGAAAACGUGGACUAAUUUAAACGAGGGGAUCCCUUUGGUUUUCUACCCAGGUAUAAGCUUUCUGUGUUCACUAUUGUCAUCUCAACUGCUCUUCAGAUUUAUUACAACUUUUAAGGAUUUAAAAAUAUAGAGACAUUUACCAGCAUCCACUGAGACGUAGCCCAUGAAUGCCGAUGUGGCAGAAACAAACCGAACCAUGUCAGAGCAUUUUUUUUUUCUAAUAAAAACUAAUAAGGAAACUGUUUUCGCCACUGUGAGGAACUCCCAUGAAUGUCAUUAUGUACAUACUAAAUAACUUAUGUAACACAAUUAUAUAAACCAGUACAAAAACGUUCAUUACCUGCACUUGUGGAAGGCUCGUUCCUCCGACGAUGUUUG